AUGAACAUCCACUCUUUUCCCUAUUCCAGCGCUCCGCUGAAGACCAUUCAGGAGAUCCAGUUUGGUCUCUUCUCGCCUGAGGAGAUCAAGAACAUGAGUGUGUGUCACAUCGAGUAUCCAGAGACCAUGGACGAGCAACGGAUGCGUCCACGAGAAAAGGGCUUGAACGACCCCAAGCUGGGCUCCAUUGACCGCUCUGUUGCUUGCGGCACUUGCGGUGAAGAUAUGCUCGAGUGUCCCGGCCAUUUUGGUCACAUUGAGCUUGCUGUACCCGUCUUCCACGUCGGUGUGUUUUGCUUGCCACAAAUCAAGAAGAUUCUCGAAACCGUCUGCCAUAACUGUGGCAAAGUCUUGCUUGAUGAAAGCAUUCCCGCCUUUGCCCAAGCUGUCCGUAUAAGAGAUCCCAAGCGCCGCUUCGAUGCUGUUCACAGACUGUGCAAGGCCAAGACGACCUGCGAUCCCGAUGAGGCUGGUGAUGAUGGAGAAGACCCGAAAGACGCCCUGAANAAGGGCAAGCGAUCACACGGUGGCUGCGGCAACCUGCAACCCACAAUUCGCAAGGACGGUCUUAAGCUUACCGGCACCUACACCUACCCCAAGGACGCCGAUACAGAACAAAAGCCGGUGGAGAAGAAGGUCAUCACCCCACAGAUGGCCCUCAACGUCUUCCGCAACAUUUCCACAUACGACCUAGCCAGAAUGGGUCUCAACGCAGACUAUGCUCGUCCCGAAUGGAUGAUCCUGACUGUGUUGCCUGUACCGCCACCAGCUGUUCGUCCCAGUGUUUCGGUCGAUGGAACCAACCAGGGUAUGCGUUCCGAGGAUGAUUUGACCUUCAAGCUCAGUGAUAUCAUCCGCGCCAACGCCAACGUUCGCAAGUGUGAGCUCGAAGGCUCUCCACAUCACGUUAUUGCAGAGUUCGAGGCUUUGUUGCAGUUCCACGUUGCUACAUACAUGGACAACGACAUUGCAGGACAGCCUAAGGCUUUGCAAAAAUCAGGAAGACCAGUCAAGGCCAUUCGUGCGCGCCUGAAGUCCAAGGAGGGCCGUCUUCGUGGUAACCUUAUGGGCAAGCGUGUCGAUUUCUCCGCUCGUACAGUCAUCACUGGUGACCCGAACUUGUCUUUGGAUGAAGUAGGUGUUCCUAGAAGUACCGCCCGCAUCCUUACCUUCCCCGAGACCGUCAACGCCUUCAACAUUGACAAGCUGCAACAACUCGUCCGUAAUGGCCCCAACGAGCACCCCGGAGCAAAAUAUGUCAUUCGAGAUACCGGCGAGCGCAUCGACUUGCGCCAUCACAAGCGCGCUGGCGAGAUCCAACUGCAAUAUGGCUACAAAGUCGANAGGCAUAUCGUUGACGGUGAUGUUAUUAUCUUCAACCGUCAACCUUCGCUGCAUAAGGAGUCUAUGAUGGGUCACAGAGUCCGUGUCAUGCCCUACUCUACCUUCCGUCUUAACCUUUCCGUCACCUCGCCUUACAACGCCGAUUUCGAUGGUGACGAGAUGAACUUGCACGUUCCUCAAAGCCACGAAACCCGCUCAGAAGUCAUGAACCUUUGCAUGGUUCCCCUCAACAUCGUCUCUCCUCAGCGUAACGGUCCCUUGAUGGGUAUUGUGCAAGACACCCUUUGUGGUAUCUACAAGAUGUGUCGCCGUGAUGUUUUCCUCGACAAGGAGCAUGUCAUGAACAUUCUCAUGUGGGUGCCUGAUUGGGAUGGCAUCAUCCCACCACCCUCUAUCCUCAAGCCUCGCCCCAGAUGGACUGGUAAGCAGAUUGUCAGCAUGAUCGUCCCUACUGGCCUAAACCUUGUUCGUGGUGAUGCUGAGGGUAUGCACCCCCUCAACGACAACGGAUUGAUGGUACACGGCGGUGAGCUCAUGUACGGUUUGUUCAGCAANAAGUCCGUCGGUGCCAGUGGAGGUGGUAUUAUCCACAUCGUCUACAAUGAGAAGGGCUGGGAAGCUGCAGUCAGCUUCUUCAACGGAGCUCAGCGUGUUGUCAACUACUGGCUGCUCCACAACGGUUUCAGUAUCGGUAUUGGUGACACAGUUCCUGACGAGGCAACCGCCGAGGCUAUCACAGACGCAGUCAACGAGCAGAAGGCAGAGGUCGCUGUCAUCACUGAGGCUGCUACUGCUAAUGAGCUGGAAGCCCUGCCUGGUAUGAACGUUCGUGAGACGUUCGAGAGCAGAGUGUCCAAGGCCUUGAACAGUGCUCGUGAUAACGCUGGUGACCGUACUGAAAAGAGUUUGAAGGAUUUGAACAAUGCCAUUCAAAUGGCCCGUUCAGGAUCCAAGGGUUCGGCUAUCAACAUUUCGCAGAUGACAGCUGUCGUCGGUCAACAGUCCGUCGAGGGAAAGCGUAUUCCUUUCGGCUUCAAGUACAGAUCGCUUCCUCACUUCACCAAGGACGACUACUCUCCCGAAUCUCGUGGUUUCGUCGAGAACUCUUAUCUUCGUGGCUUGACACCCUCAGAGUUCUUCUUCCACGCCAUGGCUGGUCGUGAGGGUUUGAUCGACACUGCUGUCAAGACUGCUGAAACUGGUUACAUUCAGCGUCGUCUCGUCAAGGCUCUUGAAGAAGUCAUGGCCAAGUAUGACGGCACCGUCCGUAACUCUCUUGGCGAUGUCGUACAAUUCGUCUACGGUGAAGACGGUCUGGAUGCUGUUCACAUUGAAGGACAGAAGUUGGAUAUUAUCAACUGCUCCGACAGUCAAUUCGAGAAGAAGUUCCGUAUUGAUGUCAUGGACCCCAAGAUGUCUCUUUCACCUGACAUUCUUGAGCAAGCACACGAGAUUGCUGGAGAUGUUGAGGUCCAGCGUCACCUUGACGCUGAGUACGAAGCAUUGUUGGCCGACAGAGCUCUGCUCAGAGACGGCCGUACCGAUGACGAGGAGACCCAUCAACUUNNCCCCCUCAACAUCACUCGUAUUGUCGAGAGUGCUAAGACCAGAUUCCGCAUCAAGGAUGGCGCUCGCAGUGAUCUUCACCCGUCAGAUGUCAUUCCCAAGGUCCAGAACUUGCUUGAUCAGAUUGUUGUCGUUCGUGGUGAUGAUCCUCUCUCCCAAGAAGCACAAUACAAUGCCACUAUCCUCUUCAAAGCUCUGCUAAGAUCACGCCUCGCAUUCAAGCGUCUGGUCAAGGAAUACUCUUUGAACAAGCUCGCUCUUGACAACAUUCUUGGUGAUAUUCUGAACAGAUUCUCAAGAUCGCUCGUCAGCCCUGGUGAAAUGGUUGGUGUCUUGGCCGCACAGUCGAUUGGAGAACCCGCGACUCAGAUGACGCUCAACACUUUCCAUUUCGCCGGUGUCUCGUCUAAGAACGUCACUCUUGGUGUGCCUCGUCUGAAGGAAAUUCUGAACGUUGCUACCAACAUCAAGACACCUUCCAUGACUGUCUACCAGUCUGCCGAAAACCGCCUUGAUCAGGAAGCUUGCAAGAGACUUCGUAGUCAGGUUGAGUACACCAGUUUGCGCUCCAUCACCGAGAAGACCGAAAUCUGGUUUGACCCUGACAUUCGAUCGACCGUCGUCGAACAAGACAGGGAUAUGGUGGAGUCUUACUUCAUCAUUCCUGAAGAGAAUGCAGAGAGUCCCGAGACCUACUCCAAGUGGCUGCUGCGUAUCGUUCUUGGUCGUAGACAGCUUCUAGACAAGGGUCUUUCGGUCGCCGAUGUCGCCGCUGCUAUCAGAGUCAACCACAACCACGAGAUGUCUAUCAUUUUCAGUGAUGACAACGCUGACGAACUUGUUAUCCGUAUCAGACCCUCGAACGCCCUCAUGGAAUCCAAGGAAGACGAGGAUACCAUUCUUGAAGCCGAUCUAAUCAUCCAGAGGCUCGAGAGUUAUCUGUUGGAUGAAACUAGACUUCGUGGUGUGUUGGGCGUCGAACGUGCUUUCGUCAACUUCAAGGAACGUCUACGUGUCAAGGAAGAUGGCGGGCUUACUAUGUCCAAGAGCGAUCCUCUUUGUAAGGAAUGGUUCUUGGAUACCAGUGGAACUGCUCUCAAGGAAGUUCUUACCGUUGAAGGCACUGACCCUACCCGCACUUACACCAACCACUUUAUCGACAUCUUCAGCGUGUUCGGUAUUGAGGCCACUAGAUCCGCCCUGAUGAGAGAACUCAAGCAAGUGCUUUCUUUCGAUGGUUCUUACGUCAACCAUCGCCAUCUUGCCCUCCUGGUCGAUAUCAUGACCGCUCGCGGUAACCUUAUGGCUGUCACUCGUCACGGUAUUAACCGUGCUGACACUGGUGCAUUGAUGCGUUGUUCGUUCGAAGAGACAGUCGAGAUUCUGUUUGAAGCUGCCUCAUCAGGUGAGCUUGACGACUGCCGUGGUGUGUCCGAGAACAUUAUCCUUGGCCAGCUUGCUCCUUCAGGUACUGGUGAGUUCGAUGUUCUCUUGGAUCAGCAGAUGCUCAGCACUGUUGUCUCCCGUCACCACGGUAUGGGUGCUGGUACUCAAGCUGGCGCCGCUCCUCUCGACGGUGCCAUGACCCCCUACGACAUGGGCUCUCCNCUUGCCGAGGGCGAUUACGGUACUGCAGAUUAUGGUGCUUCCUUCUCUCCUAUGGUCCAGGCAGGUGGCGACGAGAUGGGUGGCUUCUCUGCCUACCAAGGUGGAAGCUUCAGCCCGUACAGUGGCGGCCAGAGCCCUGGUUACGCACCGACGAGUCCAUUCAGCAUGGGCACAAGCCCAUCGUCUCCCGGCUAUGCUUCGCCAUCCUCUCCUGGCUAUUCACCCAGAUCACCUGGUGCAGCUCUUGGCAGUCCCGGCUAUGGUAUGGGCUCACCUGCAAGCCCGGCAUACAACCCAACAUCGCCCACGUACUCGCCCACAUCUCCUGCGUAUGGCAAGGGAUCCCCCACCUCUCCUUCUUACUCUCCCACAUCUCCCAGCUAUUCGCCAACUUCGCCCAGCUACUCGCCUACGUCGCCUAGCUACUCCCCUACCUCGCCUUCAUACAGCCCCACUUCUCCUGCUCACAGAGGAUCGGGCAUUUCGCCAACCUCUCCAAGAUACAGUCCGACAUCUCCGGCUUACUCGCCGACUUCACCCGCAUACAGCCCGACCAGUCCAUCUUACAACCCUGGUGGAGCCUCGCACUCGCCUACGUCGCCCAGCUACAGCCCGACAUCGCCAGUGUACAGCCCUACCAGUCCGGCACAGCAGGGCUAUUCUCCCACCUCGCCACAGUACACUCCCAACUCUCCUGGUCAAGCCUCACCUAAGUACUCACCUACUAGCCCCAAGUACUCGCCCAACUCGCCUGGCCAAUAA